UGAUAUUUUUUGUCUCGAGUUGAGUGUGAGGGAUUAUUGAGCUUUUAAAGAAAAUCUCUUUCCGACCUGAACAUAUUCUUUGUUAUUAAGUUAGUUGAAUUAAUUUCUGGAUACGGUAUAGCCUACAUUCGAUUCACAUUGGUCAGUAUUGAAAAAUGAACGCAGACUUAGGUUAGGAUUGAGUCAUUCAGAUUCAGAAUGUCAAAUAUAAAUAUUGUUUGGAAUUGGACACAAUUUUGUGAGCAAGACGAUGAUCUUAUUAUCUGGGACCCUCGCCAUAAUGACUUUGGGCGAUGUUUUGAAGUCGUCUGCCUCCAAUUCCCACUUCUCGCACUGCUCGCCAUCACCUCUGCCUAUUACUGUGGGAAACAAAUGGAUUGGGUCGUCCGUACAUCCUUCGAGUCCAACGUUCUGAAGAUUCGUUAUUUAACAUGUCUCCUUCUUUCUAUGGUGCCCGUGGUUAGUACAUGGUACCAAGUAUCAUCAGGUAGUAAGCCGUUGGUCCCAGUGCAGUAUUUCUUCUCAUCCGUACAAUGUCUGACGUGGCUGACACAUUUCAUCUACGUGUUGGCUCUUAGACAUCGUCUGGGCCCGGGUCUGCGUGGUCCUACGAUCGUCUGCCUCCUCUGGUUCGUCAACUUUGUCUGCAGCUGUGUCAUGUAUCGCUCCACGUACAGAGUCAGUGGGAUGAUUGCGGAUGGACAGAUGGAAGUGACGUUUGACACUGUCUCACUGAUACUGCAAUGUGUCUAUGGACUCACUCUGCUUCCAGGAGGCCACUACGACCAGAGAAGCUCUACCUAUCACACCUUGAAUGUCCAGACUGCAGCUAGUCCAGCUAUGAUUAGCAGCACGUACAGCGGGUUCCGAGAAGAUUUGGACCCCGGCUACCUGGGAGUGGCUGGGGGUGAGGAGUGGGGAGUGUUGCCACGCCUGUGCUUCUCCUGGGUGGGGCCGCUGAUGUCCAAGGGCGUGGCGGGGGGACUCCGGUCAGCUGAUGACCUUCACGAUCUGCCAGUGUCUCUCACGUCAACCCAUGCGUCACAGCUGUUAGAGAGAGCGUUGGCGCAGUCUCGUCUCCUGGUCGCUUUACAUAGGUGUUUCUGGAAGGAGUUCUAUGGCAUUGGGUUGCUCAAAUUCAUUUCUGAUGUAAGUGGCUUCUUCGGACCUCUUCUGCUCAACAAACUAGUCACAUUCAUCGAAACCAAAAGUGAAAAUGUACAAGAUGGAUAUAUCUACGCUGCAUGUCUAUGUGCAAUCACUUUAAUUGGUGCAUUUUGCAACAGCCACUUCAGUUACCUUAUGGCUAAGGUGGGACUCAAGAUAAGAGCAUCUCUCGUUUGUAUUGUCUACAAGAAGACUCUCACCCUAAGUACAAUCACUUUGUCUAAUUUCAGCACUGGUGAGAUCAACAACUUCAUGAGCACGGACACUGAUAGAAUAGUAAACUCAUGUGGAAGCUUUCAUGCUUGCUGGAGCAUUCCGUUUCAGAUAGCAGUGACAUUGUACCUGUUAUACCAACAAGUAGGAAACGCCUUCUUGGCUGGAGUUGUGUUUGCUAUUGUUUUGAUACCUAUCAAUAAAUGCAUCGCCUCGCAAAUUGGUAAACUCAGUACAAAAAUGAUGGAACAGAAAGACAACAGAGUGAAGAUAAUGUUGGGUAUCUUGCGAGGAAUCAAGACAAUAAAACUGCAUGUUUGGGAGGAUCACUUCUUUGACAAGAUAUCAGAUAUUCGUUCCCGAGAGCUUCGCUACCUGAAGGGCCGUAAGUAUCUGGAUGCUUUGUGUGUCUACUUCUGGGCGACUACUCCUGUUGUGAUCUCCAUACUCACAUUCGCCAGUUACACCCUCAUGGGAAACCGUCUGACAGCGGCUACGGUGUUCACCAGUAUUGCUCUUCUCAACAUGUUGAUUUCUCCACUCAAUGCGUUCCCCUGGGUUCUCAAUGGUCUUACUGAAGCUUGGGUUUCACUUAAGAGGAUACAAAGGUUGCUUGAGAUAGAUGACCUGGACAUGGGCGAGUACUACAGUCCGCUACCGAGCUUGGAACCAACAGACGGAGCCAUUGUGGUCAAAGAUGGCAACUUUUGUUGGGGGCCCGGCAAGUUUGAACUUCAUAAUAUAAACUUUAUCGCUCCCAAGGGCCAGUUUAUUGGAGUGUUUGGAACGGUCGGUUGCGGCAAAUCGUCUCUUUUAGCGGCUCUUUUAGCCGAGAUGGACAAAACCUCUGGGUUGGUUGGGAUACCAAAUCUCAAACACGGUUUUGGAUUUGUCUCCCAAACCCCUUGGCUGCAACGAGCCUCCAUCAGAGAUAACAUUCUGUUUGGUAAACCGUACGACCAGACUAAAUACAGGGCAGUACUAGAGGCUUGUGCCCUGACUCAGGACCUGAUGGUGCUGCCUUCGGGUGACUUGACCACUGUGGCAGAGGGUGGAAGCACACUGAGCGGAGGACAGAGGACUAGAGUGGCGCUGGCUAGAGCUGUCUACCAGGAGCGCAAUGUAUAUUUGUUGGACGACGUGUUCUCCGCAGUUGAUGCACGAGUCGCCAAACACCUGCUGAGGCAUUGUAUCAACGGCUUGCUGAGGGACAAGACUAGAGUCGUCUGCACUCAUCAGACCCAGUAUCUGCUACAGGCAGACACUGUAGUCAGCAUAGAGCAGGGCACUGUGCUGCAAGGACCACCAGCUGAGGUACUACCAGACUAUGAGGAGAUGGUGACAAGUCAUCAGCUGGAGGGGGAGGGAGAGACUCAGAGAGAGGAGCGUCCCCCCUCCCCCAUCCUCUCUACAGAGGGAGAGGUAGACAGUCUACAAGGAGAGGAAGGCAGGGAGACUGGUACCGUAGCAUGGAGAGUGUACAACACCUACCUGGCAGCCGUAGGAUACUGUCUGACUGCAGCCAUACUGAUUAGUCUCACACUCAUGCAGGUUUCAAGAAACGGCACUGACUGGUGGAUGGCCUACUGGGUUACAAGUGAAAACACAACAGCCUUUGCCCUACCUUUUAACUUGGACCUGACAAAAAGUGAUCUACUUCCGUGGGUUGACCCGUCUACUCGCUACUACCUAACAGUCUACGUGUUGAUAGCCGUCUGCAACUCUGUGUUCACUCUUUUCCGAGCGUUCUUGUUUGCCUACGGAGGUAUCCAUGCUGCAUCUGCUGUACAUAAAGUGUUGCUCAACAAAGUCAUAAGGGCCAAAAUUGUCAACUUUGACAUUCUACCGGUUGGUCAGAUCCUCAACCGAUUCUCUUCAGAUAUGUACACGGUGGAUGAUUCUCUUCCGUUCAUUUCAAACAUCUUGUUAGCUCAGUUUUUUGGAGUAAUAGGCAGCAUGUUCGUCAUGCUUUACGGUGUGCCAGAAUUAUUCUUCAUCCUAGUGCCACUGGUGCCGAUCUAUCACUGGCUGCAGCGACACUAUCGUCUAACAUCUCGCGAGCUCAAGAGACUGAGCUCCACCACACUGUCUCCGUUGUACAACCACUUCAACGAAACACUUCAAGGACUUCUUACCAUCCGAGCAUUUCGAGCUGUGCCUAGGUUCAGGAGGGACAACGGCACAAGACUAGAAGCCAAUCAGAAGGCUCAGUUGGCCAGUCAGGCAGCAGCUCAGUGGUUGUCUCUGAGACUACAGCUUAUUGGUGUUGCCAUGGUGACAGGUGUGGGACUGUUGGCUACACUGCAACACCACCUAAGCAUUGCCAACCCUGGACUUGUGGGGUUGGCUAUCUCCUACGCCCUGUCUGUGACUGGAGCUCUCAACGGACUGGUAAACGCCUUCACAGAGACGGAGAGAGAGAUGGUGUCAGUAGAGAGGGUGGAUCAGUAUCUCCGAGAGAUCACAACUGAGGACUUCCGGGAGCGACUGGCUCCUCCACCGUUCUGGCUUAGUCAGGGGGUCGUGUCCUUCGAUAACGUCACUCUCAAGUACAGGGAUCACCUACUUCCAUCCCUCAAGUCAGUAAGUUUCUGCACUCGCCCGGCAGAGCGCGUUGGUGUGGUUGGUCGCACUGGGGCUGGUAAGAGCAGCUUGUUUGCAGCUCUGUUUAGGUUGGUAGAACUGCACGAUGGUGAAAUAUCAAUCGAUUCUGUCAACAUCGCUCACAUAGGAUUGAUGCAGUUAAGAUCCCGAAUGUCCGUUAUCCCACAGGAGCCUACGCUCUUCCCUGGUACAGUCCGGGAUAACAUAGAUCCUCUCCGGCAAUACAGUGACAGCAACAUCUGGUCGGCUAUACAGCGCUGCCACCUGGUGGGAGUGAUUAGAGACUUGGACACUACGGUGGAGCUGAGCACAGGACAAGCACAGCUGUUAUGUCUGUGUCGAGCUGUGCUGCAUAAUGCUAAGAUCCUGUGUGUGGAUGAAGCGACUGCCAAUGUCGAUGAAGAAACAGACAAACUGAUAACACAGACUUUACGCAGCAACUUCCGCCAGAGCACAGUGAUCACCAUUGCUCACCGUGUCCGCACCAUCAUUGACUCUGAUAGGGUGCUUGUGAUGGGGGAAGGUACUGUGCUGGAGUUUGACACUCCCGAACAGCUGUUUCAAGACAGAACUUCUCACUUGUAUCAGCUGUUACAUCAGGACUACGACUCGUAACACAUUGUGAUCCUAGGCAAUUUACUAUUUCAACUUAUUGUAUAUUAUUAUUAUUUGAUUAUUUAUUUAUAGACUUGUUUUUAACCCUUUGACACAGACUGGUAUGAAGGAAGUAUACUUGUUCUAAGACUGUAAUUUAAAAUUGACAUUUUACAAAGCAAAUACUAUUUUUAAAAUGUUUUGAUUUGAUAUUUUAGUAGGGGGUGAGCCCACUAGAGGUCUUGUAGUACUUUGCCCUCUUCAGCGUAGGUUGUCUUGUUUGGGUGAUUAGCUGUACAAGAUGUAGUCUUUAGCGCAGCCGCAGCUCAAGUAAAUUUAACAUUUGUAGGUAUAGCUCUUAUUAUGGUGCCAAAGUGACACACAGAUAAAGGGGACGAUGUGAGCAUCAGAUACAGCUCUUGAAAUUGAAACAAUCCCAUCUUGCUUGUGUGAAUUAGCCUGUACAACUGGCCCACCGAGUGCAAAUGGUUAAAAUCAAACUAUGAGCAAGGUAAAGAAAUU